AUGGCGGCCUCUAUUGUCACCUGGGCCCUAGCUGUUAUCGCCGUUAGCCUACGCAUUGUGUAUACGGUUUGUGAACCCCUCGAGUCGACCUCCGCCUCGAUGCUUGCUCUUCAGGAUGGAACUAAAUGUUUUCCUCCACCAGCCGUGAGCCGUGGCUUAGGCAGACAUGUUUGGGCCGGCCCGCCAGACGCACGAUACGCAUGGGCAAUUGGACUGUUUAUUGCCGAGCUGGGAUACUUUGUCACCAUUACAUGUGUCAAAUUCUCCAUCCUCGCCUUCUACUGGCGGGCAUUCAGAGUCAUGCGCUCUGUCCUGAUCCCAAUCUACACCCUAGCCCUGAUUGUUGCGUGCUGGGCUAUUGCUGUUAUCCUCGUCACCAUCUUCCAAUGCCGACCAACCAGUGCCUGGUGGAAUCGCUUCAAUCCGUCGCAUCCUUUACAGCCAGAUCAAUACGACUGCACCGUGGACUCGGUCAAGUUCUUUUACGGAAAUGCGAUCCCGACCAUUGUCACUGAUGUUCUGAUGCUCGCAUUACCUCUGCCAUAUAUCGCACAACUGCAGCUUCCCAGGGGGCAAAAAUGGGGUCUUGCUGGAAUUUUCCUCGUCGGCAUCUUCGUCACCGUCAUCUCUAUUGUGCGUUUCCACUAUUUAAUCGAGGGUAAUCUGACCAGCCCAGACAUUACAUGGAACUUUGUCAACAUUGCCCUCUGGUCCGUCCUUGAAGGCAACCUGGCCAUCUUCUGCGAUGCCAGUUCAAACUAG